AUGUCUACUGAACCUCCUAAGCAUGAGAUGAAGUACUUUGAGGGCUUGACCUCAAAGGUCCGCGCGUUUGGCCAAUUCAGAAAGGUCAUUCAUACUGGCUUGUACUCGCAGCUCGUCACCAUGGAGAUUCCUGUCGGUGGAGAUAUUGGCAAUGAAGUGCAUCUCGUCGACCAGGUCUUGAUCUUCACCUCUGGAACAGGAAAGGCUGUUAUUGCUGGAAAGGAACAGAACGUCAAGGCCAGCGACGUCGUGGUUGUUCCCGCAGGAACAGAGCAUCAAUUCUACAAUACCAGCAAGGACCAGCCUUUGGAGCUGGUCACCGUCUACAGCCCUGCUGAGCAUGACCCGAGAACGGUGCACAAGACAAAGGAGGAGGGUGAUGAAGAGGAGGAUGCUGGCAAGGAUGAGGCACCAGAGUGGAGUCAACAGAGCAAAGAUACCAAUGAGAAGAAGGGUCUUGCUAAGGAGGAGGGUGGUCCGUAUGAGAAUGGUGAUGACGGUCGUCAUGGGCGUAAGGUCGAGUAG